AUGGUGGGGAGACCGGGUUUCAUAAAGGUGAUCGAAAGAGUGUCGAGUCAGAUGGAGAAGUCGGGCGACAAUUACAAGCUGCUAAUCGCGAGACUGAACACGGGGCUCAAGGCUUACGCCAGGGAGGAGAGAAAGAGAGUUCGUGCCACGAUGACCUUCCUUCAACAGGCAGUUGCUGAUCUGAAACAGGAGUGGCUGGGGGACCCGAGCUGUGUCCGGCUGAAAGACCUACAGGGUGAAAGGGAGCUCCAACUGAGAAGCUAUCAGCAGUCACGGCAAGGAGAGACUGCACGUGAUGGCCGGGAUGAAGGAGCUUCGCAGUACUACCGGCAGCUGCUUGGAACAGACAGACAGACGGUCUUAUCUGAGUGGGAACCCCCGGCGGACAGAAGAUUGUCGUCGGUAGUGGCGGAGUCAUUGACUGCCGAGUGGUCGGAGGAGGAGGUUAAGAGCGCGUUUCAGUCGAUGACGAAAAACAAGGCUCCUGGCCGGGACGAGUUGCCAAAGGAGCUCUUUGAAGUGCAUUGGGACAUCCUGGGCAAACACUUCAUGUCGCUGGUGAAAAACUUCUCGGACACGGCGUCCCUCCUAGCCUCCACCAAGGACGCGGUGACCAUCCUGCUGCACAAGAAAGGGGGGAGGGAUCAGCUGGAGAACUAUCGCCCUAUCACAUUGCUCAGCUUCACCUACAAAGUGAUAGCGCGGGUGGUAGCGGACAGGAUGAAGAAAGUGCUCUCGGAGGUAGUCUCACCGGAGCAGUUUGGCUUCUUACCAGGAAGGAGGUUGUCGGACGCUGUGGGGCUGGUGGCGGAUAUUAUCGAAGCGGCCAAAAAUAAAGAUAAAGAUUGGUACCUCCUGCUCGUUUACUUCAGGAAGGCCUUCGACUCGGUGUCGAGGGGAUUAUUGUUUACGGUGCUGGAGAAGAUGGGCUUCCCCCCCCGUUUUGUCGGUUGGAUUCGAGGCCUGCAUGAGAACACACGGACAAGCCUGUUGGUUAACGGUUGGAUUGGUGAGGCAGUCGAAGUGGUCUCGGGGGUGCGUCAGGGUUGGCCCCUCGCGCCUUACCUGUUUUUGUGCGUGGUGGAACCGCCGGCGCAGGAAGCGACGAACCGAAGGAUAGGCAUUUCCGAGGGUGAUCAGCGGCUGGCGUACCUUGGUUAUGCCGACGACACAACUCUUAUCCUGGAGGGGGAGGAGCAGAUUGCAGCAGCAAAGAAGUUGUUAGAGGAGUUCGCAGGGGAAUCAGGCCUCGCUACUAACAAGGAGAAGUCAGUUGUCUUACCGCUGGGGUCGAAUCUGAGCAAGCAGCCCUGGAAGACCGAUGGCUUCAAAUGGGCGAAGGCUGAUGAGGCAAAAAGGCUACUGGGAGUGUGGGUGACUCCUGCCGGAAGCUGCAAUCCCACAUGGGAGAAGGCUUUCACACAGAUUAAGCGGAAAUUGUCGCAGUGGGAGGCGCAGCACCUCACAACCGACGCGCGUGCUGCGGUGAUAAACUGCUACAUCUCACCGAUAAUCUUCUUUCAGGCUCAGGCGUACCCGCCACCGGUGGAUAUUUGGGGGAGGAUACUGAAACUGACGCACAAAUUCAUGUCGGGAAAUCGGGCCUCUGCUGACAAGGAUUUCAUACUGUGGAGUAGAGAGCUACUGUACAUGGCCAGAGAAGAGGGGGGCGUCAGUAUGAAGGACCCGGAAAUCGCACUUACCUGCCUAAUCGCCAGAAAGAUCAGGCUGCUGCUCACCGAGACGAACGCGCUGAAACGCGACAUCAUGCUCCAGGCUGCGGACUUGCCGCUGGGAAUGGAUACCUUCGUCGCUCACGUGAAGCUGCUCAAAUGCUGGCGCGGGAAAAGCGAGCGGCAGAAGCUUGCGUGCGCUAACUUCAUGCAGUCGCCGCUCGCCAGCACGCUGCUUGACUUAUCACGGGAGGAAGUGGCGAGGGAAAGGAUCGUUUUCAAUCGCCAUAUCCUGAUGAAAGGCACGACUCCGGUGGGCAGCCAGAAAGCCGCGGAGAAAUUGUGGGAGGUGCGUCUGGGAGACCUGCUGGCUGCGGGCGGUGACGGGAGCUGGCAUGUAAAGGAUGAUAAAACCCUAGCGAGGGAGCUCGGUGGCUCAAAGCAGGCGAAACUUGCUCUACGGGCGUGGGAAGCAGCACCGCAGAGCUCGAAGCUGCUUCUCCUCUCAGCCGAGCAAUCUGGCGCACCUGCCACCCAGCUCCGCACUCCGCUCCAGCGCACAACGGCUUCCAGUGGCGGGGGGCUACCAUCGCUGAAGGAGCUGAAAGGGAACUGGCAACAGCCGAAACAUCAAUCAGCCAAACGGGAGCUCUGGGCAGGCAGAUGGGUAGGAGUUAUCGACCUGAAAAGGGUUUUGAAAAUUCGGGACUCGCUGGUGACACUGAACCAACCGCGUGAUGUGCUGCUGAGAAUCCACAGUCUCAACCUCCAAGUGGGAGAAAGGCUUUCUUUCUUGAGUGGAAAGCCGAUUUGCCUGCACUGCGGGGAGUUUGAGACCCUCGAACACUGCCUCUACACCUGUCCAAGAAUCCAGACGGUGGUGGUGUCAGAAUAUAUCUGUAACUGCCUGUAG